AUGGAACCGAAUCAGCUACAUCCGCUGUUCAAGCGAAACAACAACGCCGUUUCGUCAAAUCCGACACAGAAUGGCAAGAGCGCCGCCAUUGCCCUCACUAGUCAUGGCUCCGACUUCUACUACGCCAUCAUGUCCGUCAUGGGCGUUGUCGGGUUGGGGGUCAUCAUCGCCGGGCAUUUGAAGCCGCAGCGGCACCGCAUCUUUUACUACAUCACAGCGGCCAUCAACUUGACCGCCAUGCUCGCUUACUACGCCAUGGGAUCGCACCAGGGAUGGGCACCUAUCAACGUUGAGUAUCAGCGUAGCUGGUCCAAGGUCGCCGGCGUCAACCGCGAAAUCUACUACGCCCGAUAUAUCGACUGGUUUAUCACAACCCCUUUGCUCCUCUUGGACCUCAUGCUCACCGCCGGCUUGCCUUGGCCAACUAUUGUGUGGACCAUCUUCAUCGACUGGAUCAUGAUCAUCACUGGGCUUAUUGGAGCUCUGACUCCUAGCCGCUGGAAGUGGGGCUGGUGGACGUUCGGCACCGUCGCCAUGUUCUACAUAUUCUGGAACCUCGCUGGCGUGGGCCGCAAGCGCGCCAAAUUGCUCGGUCAGGACAUCUACCGCACGUACAUGCUCUGCGGCGUUCUGACCUUGUUCGUCUGGCUCUGCUAUCCCAUCGCAUGGGGCGUCUCGGAAGGGGCCAACAUCAUUGCCCCAGAUUCGGAGGCCGUUUUCUACGGGGUGCUCGACUUCCUCGCCAAGCCUGUGUUCAGUGUCGCUUUGAUCGCCGGACACUGGAACAUUGAUCCUGCACGCUUGGGCCUCGACAUCAACUAUGGAGAGGACCGUGUGUUGCGGAAGGAGGAGAAGGCUGCUCGUGACGCCCCAGUUGUCGCGGGUAACACCGGUGUCACAGCGUAA